CGCUUUUCUUUUCUCUCAAAACGUUUGCUUUGCAAAGAUCAACCCAAUUCUAAAGUAUAGUAAUAAGCCAUGAUUGACCGAAGCGUUGCUUAUCGAGCGCUUAGCAUUCAAUCGCACAUGGUGUCAGGCUACUGUGGUAACAAAGCAGCCGUGUUUCCGCUACAAAUACUAGGCUUUGACGUGGAUGUAUUAAAUACUGUCCAGUUCUCAAACCACACAGGUUAUCCCUCGUGGACAGGAAAUCGGUUAGCAGAUACCGACGUACAAGAACUUUUUGACGGGCUAGAGAAGAAUGGGCUUAUUGAUGAUUAUACUCACAUCCUUACCGGCUAUAUUGGUAACUAUGCGAUACUUGAUACGAUCAAACGUUUCGUAUUGAAGCUCAAGUCUGUCAAUCCGAAUCUUAUUUAUGUUUGCGAUCCUGUCAUGGGUGAUUGGGGCCGUUUAUAUGUUGCGCCCGAAAUUGUUCCUCUUUAUCGAAAUAUACUGCAAGUUGCAAACGUUGUGACACCAAAUCAAUUCGAAGCAGAGAUUUUAGCAGAUAUCAAGAUCGACUCGCUUGUCACAGCCAAAGAGGCAGCGAAGAAACUACAUUUUCUCGGUGUAUCCAACGUUAUCAUCACCACGCUCAAGGUUCCAUUUAAAGAUGUUCCUAGCGAGAUCCGUCUGCCAACUGCUACCGACGAGUCACUGUACUGUUUAACCAGUCAAACAGAUCCGCAGACGGGCUCUCCACGACAACACUUGAUCGUAUUUCCUACCUAUAGGGGCUACUUUAGUGGUACCGGUGACAUGUUCACUGCUCUAGUCGUAGCUCGUUGGCAAGAAGAGUUGAAAAAAUCAUCGCCGUCAUUAGCAGCUGCUACAAAACUAGUGGUCAUGUCCGUGAAUGCUGUAACACGACGUACCUGGGAAAACCAGGUCAAGCACGUCAAAAAAUUAACUAAUGGUGAAGUCGAAUAUCUCGAUGGCAAACCAAGUACACCUGCACUUGUCCGCUGCUGUGAGCUACAGAUGGUUCAAUCUAAACUUGAGAUUGAGAAACCAGAAAUGGUGGGCGAAACUGCUAUCAAAAUGACUCAACUGUAGUAUAUUAUAUAGCUGACGCUGUAGCAUACCUUCGGUCAAAAUGUUUUCAUGCAAUUUCCUAUAGAUGAAAUUAGAUGUAUUAAAGACAGUGGUAUUUUUAGACACUAGACGUUUUCAUGAUAUCACAUGUAUAGUCACUGCGUG